UUUUUCCCUUUGAGUUUCUUUCAUUGACUCUCAUAAAACACUUCUCUCUCUAUAAAAAGUUCAGUAAAUUUUGCUUCUCUCUGUUACCUCUCCAUCUUUACUUGCAAAAUAGCAAUAGUGGGCGUGGAGCCCAGACCUGGACCUCUGCUUUGCUGGCUUCAAACUCUCCAUUGUUGCUCUUUUAUGGGGCUUGUCUGCUAACUCAACUCUACCCAAAAAACUUCUAUUUUUUCUCUUCAUAAUUUAGCCGCAGCCCAGUUCUUGUUCUUGCUUGUUUUUGAUUGUAUUGGUGGAUCCACAGAUCUAGUAGCUUGAAUUAUCACUCAUAGGAAGUUGGGGUUUUUUGUGUUUUGAAGGGCAAGUUAAAUUUGUGAAAUUUUUAAGUGUAUAGUUGCUGUCUUGUUAAGUAGAAGAGGAGAGGAAUUCACUGCUGGGGUUUCUCUUGUUCAGAGGGUUUCUGGGUAUCUGUUAAAUGUUGAUAAAUUGGAGGGUUCUUUGGAUGAGAUGAGGGAUGUUAUCUGGGUUGAUGAACUUUUUGAGGGCCUGCUUUCGGCCGAGGUCCGAUCGAUAUGUGCAUACCAACUCCGAUAGCAGUGGCCGUCAAGAUGGAUUAUUAUGGUAUAAAGACCAUGGGCAACACUAUAGUGGUGAAUUCUCGAUGGCGGUGGUGCAGGCCAAUAAUCUACUUGAAGAUCAAAGCCAGCUUGAAUCAGGCAGUUUAAGCUUACUUGACUCUGGCCCAUUCGGUACCUUUGUUGGAGUUUAUGAUGGACAUGGAGGACCGGAGACUUCACGCUACGUCAAUGAUCACCUCUUUCAGCAUCUCAAGAGGUUUACUUCAGAGCAACAAUCAAUGUCAGUUGAUGUUAUACGAAAGGCAUUUCAAGCAACAGAGGACGGGUUUUUGUCUCUUGUUACGAAACAAUGGUCUACGAAACCACAAAUUGCUGCAGUUGGAUCAUGUUGUCUAGCUGGUGUAAUCUGUGGUGGAAACCUAUACAUCGCCAGCCUUGGUGAUUCUCGUGCUGUGUUGGGUAGAGCCGUGAAGGCAACAGGGGAAGUUUUGGCCAUUCAGCUCUCAGCUGAGCAUAAUGUCUGUAUAGAGUCUGUGAGACAGGAGAUGCACGCUCUGCACCCUGAUGAUUCACAGAUUGUAGUUCUAAAACAUAAUGUGUGGCGAGUAAAAGGUCUCAUACAGAUUUCCAGAUCUAUUGGUGAUGUAUAUCUGAAAAAGGCUGAGUUCAAUAGGGAGCCUUUAUAUGUAAAAUUCCGGCUACGUGAGCCUUUCAAAAAGCCAAUAUUAAGUGCUGAUCCAUCAAUAACAGUGCAUCAGCUGCAGCCUCAAGAUCAAUUUGUUAUAUUUGCAUCCGAUGGCCUUUGGGAGCACCUUAGCAAUCAAGAAGCAGUCGAUAUAGUACAAAACCAUCCUCGCAAUGGAAGUGCAAAGAGACUGGUUAAAACUGCUCUUCAAGAAGCAGCAAAGAAGAGAGAAAUGAGGUAUUCAGACUUGAAGAAAAUUGACCGUGGUGUCCGACGGCAUUUCCACGACGAUAUCACUGUGAUUGUUGUGUUUCUUGACUCAAAUGUUGCGAGCAAGGCUAGUUCAGCCAAGUUCUCGAAUAUAUCUGUGAGAGGGGGCGGCAUCAGCUUGCCCCAAAACAUACUGGCUCCUUGUACUACGCCAACGGAAGCUGGCAGUACCUAAUGAAGCUACGUCUUCGAUUUUUAUCUCCUGUAUUAUUCUCAUGUGGAUACCAGGUAGCUUCCUGAAGAGAAAGAGAGGUAGAGAGGAGCCAACCUUAGAUUCUUUAAUGUACACUGUAACUGUUAACGUGGAACUGAUACUCGCAUUUAGCUUCUGUUUCAGAAAAACUAGAACCAGAGAAGAAGUACAAGGUGACAAUUAUUAUAGUUAUUUCUUGGGAAGUCUUCCUUUUUUGUCUUAGUUCCUUUGUCGACGUCUUUUUAAUUUUUUUGUAUAUUGUACAACCUGAAAAGUGUAAGUUCUUCCUGCUUUACGAUCACAAUUAAGUUUACUACAGAUAACACGGAGCAAAGUUUCAUCUUUAA